AUGUCAUUAUUGCCAACUUUUAUAUUAUUUGGUGUGCUAUUAUUUAUAUACAGCAUUUAUUACUUUGUAAAUUAUUCUAUUUAUUAUAGACAAAUCUAAAACCCAAUUUUAAUGGAUUUACUUAUGAGAUCAUUAUAAUGCAUAUUAUUAUCUUAUUAUUCCUUGUUUCUAUAUUUAGAGCUAUGUUUUCAUAACCUGGAGUAAUUUCAACGGUUUUUUAUUUUUUGACUUAUUUUAGGAAAUAAUUGAUGAAACUUGGAAGUAAUGGGAAAUAUUUUAAUAAUAAGAAAAAGAAAGAUUAACAGAAUAAAAAUAAAGAAGAAGUUAAAAAUCUGUAAAAACAUUCAAAACAGAAAAUGAUGAAGAUAGAAGUGUUGUUAAUCUUGAUGCAGAAGAAAUUAUAGAAGAAGAAGAUAAUAUUACUAAAGAUCUAAAUCAAAAAGGUGUCUAAAAAAGAUUUUGUAAAAAAUGUUGUAUUCCUAAACCUCCAAGAGCACAUCAUUGUUCAUAAUGUAAUACUUGUUGGUUAAGAAUGGAUCAUCAUUGUCAAUGGAUUAAUAAUUGUGUUGCCAAAGAUAAUUAUAAAAUGUUUUUCUGCAUGAUCUUUUAUGCAAGUAAGAUUAAAUUCAUUUAAAAGUAGAGGCUGUCUUUUAGUUUGGGUCACUAUUUCCUAAUAUAAAGUAUUUGAAAAUGUAAUUGAAUAUGAUGUUUCCGAUUUAGAACUCUAUAUUAUAGUUCUUCACUAUUAUUUUGUAUUUCUCCUUGCUGUCUUGAUAUCAGGUUUCUUUAUAUUUCACAUUUAUCUAACAAUAUAAAAUAAAACAACACUUGAAUAACUUGAAGAUAAACCAGAUGUAAAUAAAAUUUAUCUUAUUAUUAUUAGAAAAGAAAAUAUGAUCAAGGAAUUUGGUUCAAUUGUUAAAGUGCCUUGGGAUCAAAUAUUUUAUUAUGGUUGUUACCAAUUUGA